UACUAUAUGACCGAUUCAUUGUUCCGACGCGAGGUAGUUUCCACGCGCCCAUACGCGAUCCUCAAUAAAUUUUCAAAUUCUCAAUUUGGGUUAACGUCCAAAAAUCGUAAAGCCGCGGAAUAUUAGUUUUCUUCCAUUUUUCAAAACUAACUGAUUCCUCACACGCGCUUCGCCGCUCUCAAACCGCAUUUUAACAACACGCGCUUCCGCUCUCUUUCACUUUCCACGUAGUUUCGCUUUUCCUUUUGAAGUUUCAAACUCAAAUUUUCUUACUCUCUCGUUUUCUUCCACUCUUUUUCAUUUCCAACAAAAUUCACGAACAAAAGAGAAAAAAGCGUAGAAUCAGUGAUUUUUUUGGUUCAAAAUCGUUGUUGAUGAAUGUGAUUUGGUGAUUUUGUAAUCGAUGCCGCGAUCAAGUUCGGGAGUUCAUCAUCAGCGUCAAAGCUCUGAUAACUUCAUCCUUGAUGCAAAUUAUCAGGGAAGAUGGUUUCAUCCUUCAGCUUUUGCACAUGAAUUUGGAACGCGAUCUUCGAGUUUGAGAAAGAGUGACGAUGAUAGCGUGUUCAUGAGUGGCUUGCUUGAUUUACAUUCCUUUGAUACUGAGCUUUUACCUGAGGGACAGUGUUUUGAUGACUCUGAGCCGAUUUUCCCUGGAAACAAAUUCGCACCAAGAUCUCGGGGCUUGACUGAGAGCAAUAUUCUUAGAAGUUUCUCAGCUGAUAAAGAGAGAGCAAACAAUGUUGCUAAGAUCAAAGUUGCAGUUAGGAAGAGACCACUGAAUAAGAAGGAAAUAGCAAAGAAAGAGGAAGAUAUUAUUACAAUAAAUUCAAAUUCUCUCACAGUACACGAAAGAAAACUCAAGGUUGACUUGACAGAAUACGUUGAGAAACACGGGUUCUUUUUUGAUGCUGUGCUGGAUGAAGAUGUUUCAAAUGAUGAAGUGUAUGCUGAGACUGUAGAGCCCAUAGUUCCAUUGAUAUUCCAACGAACUAAAGCAACUUGCUUUGCUUAUGGCCAAACUGGGAGUGGGAAGACGUAUACUAUGCAACCAUUGCCUCUCAAAGCAUCCCAAGAUAUUUUAAGAUUAAUCCACCACACGUACCGGAGCCAAGGUUUCCAAUUAUACUUUAGUUUUUUCGAAAUAUAUGGGGGGAAACUGUUUGAUCUCCUCAAUGAUAGAAAAAAACUUUGCACGAGGGAGGAUGGUAAACAGCAGGUUUGCAUUGUUGGCUUGCAGGAAUACAGAGUAUUUGAAGUUGAAACAAUCAAGCAAUUUAUUGAGAAAGGAAAUUCUUCAAGAAGUACUGGUACAACCGGUGCAAAUGAGGAAUCAUCUCGAUCGCAUGCUAUACUUCAACUUGUUAUCAAGAGAUCAGCUGAUGGGUCUGAAUCAAAGCCCGCCCGAGUCAUAGGCAAACUAUCUUUCAUAGAUCUGGCUGGAAGUGAACGCGGUGCUGAUACUAUAGAUAAUGAUAAGCAGACCAGGAUUGAAGGGGCUGAAAUUAAUAAAAGCUUACUUGCACUGAAAGAAUGCAUUAGAGCCCUAGACAGUGACCAAGGGCAUAUCCCUUUCAGAGGAAGUAAAUUGACUGAAGUUCUACGAGACUCUUUUGUUGGUGAUUCACGGACUGUAAUGAUAUCUUGCAUUUCUCCAAGCUCAGGUUCAUGUGAGCAUACUCUCAACACAUUAAGAUAUGCUGACAGGGUAAAGAGCUUGUCAAAGGGGAACAGCUCCAGAAAGGAUUCACUUUCUUUAUCCAACCUUAGAGACUCAGCUGUAUUGCCGAUUUUACCUCAUGAUGAUACCUAUGAAGAUGAAAUAACAUAUGUUUCCGGUGAGAGGAAUCAAUUUGGAUGGUCCAAACAGUCUCAAAGAGAACCCUCACCUCCAAAGAAGAUGGACCGUGUUGCAAGUGGUAGGAAAGAGGGAAAUUUGGAACCAUCUGUGUACUCUGACCGACAAAGAGGUAUUCAAUAUGACAGAGCUGAGAAAGAAAAUGAUUACCUAAUACCAACAUAUGGACAAGACAGAACAAGAAAAGCGAGCAAGAGGAUAGAUAACAACCAGUUAUCUACUGUAGAAGACAAAAGGAAGAUAGACUCUCGUGCUAAACAUGCAAAUCUAUCAAAUGUUGAGAAUACAUAUUCUGAUCACGAUGAUGAUUUUAAUGCUCUGCUGAAGGAUGAGGAAGAACUUGUAACUGCUCACCGCAGACAAGUGGAGGAAACAGUAGAUAUUGUUAGGGAGGAGAUGAAUUUGCUCUUUGAAGCUGAUCAACCAGGAAAUCAAUUGGAUACUUAUAUUUCCAAAUUGAAUACCAUUUUGUCUCAAAAGGCAGCAGGAAUAUUUCAAUUGCAGACUCAGUUGGCUCAAUUCCAGAGACGUUUAAAUGAGUACAACUUUUUCUCAUCCUCGGGUGACUGAUUGUGCUUCUGAGAAAACGGUAUGUAUUAUGGGUGUGAAUUAUCUGUGUUUUCAGAUAUUGCUGCUAAGAUUUCAUUGGCGUGGAGUGUUUCUCGCAUGUACAUUAAGAAUUUUGACAAGAUCACUGGUUUUUUGAGUCCAGAAAUAGGGAUCAACACAUUCUCCGUGUCACUCUCUUCGGUCUUAAAUAUAAGUGAAAAGUUAAAUAUAUUUGAUUUAAAUUUAGAUUAAAUAUAUUUGAUUUUUUUAGUUAUAUCUAAAAUCAGAGUGAGUACAUUUUAUCCCUCAGAUGAGUCACAACUGUGACUUGAACUAAAUUGAACUAUUUACAAAUUGUAUGUCCACAUGCUUGUUUGGCCUAUACUAUUUGUAACCUGUGAAAUAUACCUUACACAGUCAAAUCACUUGGGUUGUUGCUUGUAUUUUUGCAACCGAGAAUCUUCAUUUGACAUUUUUCUGUUGUAUACCAGCUUCCUUUGUGCAUUUUGAUUA